AUGAGGAAAAGCGUGUAUCUGGAUAAUACAAUCGAAUUUCUGAGAGGUAGAGUGUACCUUGGUGCAUAUGAUUUCGCCCCAGAGGACAAUGGGGAGAUGGUAUUCUUCACGGUUGAAGAUACCAUCUUUUAUAAUAGUUUCCAUUUGGAUUUCGGUCCAAUGAAUAUUGGCCAUUUAUACAGAUUUGCUGUUAUAUUCCAUGAAAUUUUGAAUGAUCCAGAUAAUAGCAGCAAAGCAGUAGUUUUCUAUUCGACCACAUCGACAAGACAACGAGCUAACGCAGCUUGUAUGCUGUGUUGCUACAUGGUCCUUGUUCAAGGUUGGACGCCACACCAAGUUUUGCAACCAUUGGCCCAAGUCGAUCCUCCGUUCAUGCCGUUUAGAGACGCAGGGUAUUCAAACGCAGAUUUCGAAAUUACAAUUCAGGACGUUGUUUAUGGUGUUUGGCGAGCCAAAGAGAAAAGUUUAAUUGAUCUACACUCGUUCAAUUUAGAAACAUAUGAGCGGUAUGAACAUGUGGAAAAUGGCGACUUGAACCUGUUAACGCCAGAUUUUAUUGCAUUUGCAUCUCCGCAAGAAUCUUCGAGAAUGAUGGAAUCAAACACGGUAUCAUCAAAAUCACAUUUGAAUCAGCCGUUUAGGAGUGUAUUGAAAUUUUUCACCAAUAAUGAUGUUCAAUUAGUGGUUAGAUUGAACUCACAUUUAUACAACAAAAAGCACUUUGAGGAUGCAGGUAUUCAGCAUAUAGAUAUGAUAUUUGAGGAUGGUACAUGCCCCGAUAUGUCCAUAGUAAAAAACUUCAUCGGUGCUGCAGAAACUAUAAUCAAUAAUGGUGGUAAAAUUGCCGUUCAUUGUAAAGCUGGGUUGGGUAGGACAGGUUGUUUGAUUGGUGCACAUUUAAUUUACACACAUGGAUUUACUGCCAACGAGUGUAUUGGAUUCCUUCGAUUUAUAAGGCCUGGUAUGGUGGUUGGGCCUCAACAGCAUUGGCUUUAUUUACAUCAAAAUGACUUUAGAGAAUGGAAAUACAGUAUGAGACUAUCAUUAGUGCCAGAUGAUAUUAUCAAUGGUUUAUAUCCACUAGUUGGUCUAGAACAGUACCGUUCACAAAAGAGGAAACUCAAGGAUGAAAAGAGAAAUAAAGAUGCUAGCGAUAUUGGUGAUCUAGCAAUGACGCCACCAAGUUUCAAAAAAAAUACUCACCAAUUUCAAGUAUCAGCUGUACCACAGAAUUCACCAGGACAACCUAGGAAAGGCCGUGGAGGUACAAAUACAAUCGAAGAUAUCAAUAAAAGGAAUAAAGAUACAAUUAGUACAAAUUCCAGCAAGAAUAAUAUGUAUAAUAGUAAGAACAAUGAUGUUAAAGAGGCAAACGGGUUUUCCUCAAAAGCAGCAAUCGAUAAUAAUUCAGACGAAGAAUUGAUGAAAGGUGAUGACAGCGAUUUAAGUGACAAUAGGCUUUCUAGAAGAACAGAGAAAUCAAUUCAAAAUACUGAGGAUGAUAAUGAGACUAUACUAAAACAACUUCUUCCGAAGAAUAGACGCAUCACAUCAGGAAGAAGAACCGCAAGCUCUUCAGGUAGUGGCGUAAGAAAGAUUAGCGGAACUUACAAAAAAUAA